AUGCGAACAGCGCAGAGAAAGAGAGAAAUUCAAGAAAUUUUGAUUUCCAUUUUCUGUUGCUUCCACUUGCAGGUCCCUGCAACUCCAGACAUAAGUGAUCGCCAACUUCGUGCUUGUAGCACCAAAUUUGAUGGCGCCUCAGUCUUAAAGAGAUGUGGUUCAAAUUCAAACUUCAGGGACAUCAUCGACCUAGACAGAGCAAACGGUGGUUCAAACUGGUUAGACCGGUGGAUGGAAGAGAGUUUAUUGAACAAUCGUCGAGACAGUUCGUUGAAAAAUGUGCAUGCCGAUGAUGAGAAGAGCGACAAGAUUCUUGAAGUGGAUACUUGGAAGCCGCAUUUGAAAUCCCAACAAAGUAACAGAAGCUCUCAGACACCACAGCAUGUUUUUUCUUCUGAUUUUAACAAGGAGAGCUUUAUGACAUACAACUCUCCAACAAAAGCUCCGAACCCGGUUCCGGCUCCAGCUACUCAAUCUUCCAGGGAGCUUUUAUCUCUCAACUCUCUAUCAUUAGGAAAAGAUGAAGCAGCAGCUGCAAGGACUGCUGAGAACAGCCCACAAAUGUAUUCUGCAACAUCUAGGCCAGGAAGUAGUGCCAGAAGAGGUCCAUUCACGCCCGCACGGAGCGAGUGCGCGUGGGGCUUUUUAAGCGGGUACUCGGGUCACCCUAACUACAUGUCUAACACCGAAUCAUCUCGUGCUAAAGUUCGGUCACAGAGUGCCCCAAGGCAAAGGCUCGAGUUUGAAAAUUUUGGUUCAACCAGGAGGUCUGUUCAGGGGUUUUGGGAUGCAGGGAUUAAUGCAGAUAGGGGUUUUUCCCCACAAGCUUAUCCUGCCUCUACCCGCUUGAAUAGAGUUGGGAGCUCUAGUUUUAAGUGAUUUUUCUAUGUAUGGCAAGCAAUGCUAGAGUUGUAAUUAUUUGACAUGGGCACUCAAUGUUCUCAACUAUAAGAUUAUGUACCAUAUUUGUCCA